AUGCCUCCCCGGAUACGUCUUGCAAAUGCCCGGGUGCCCGUCCGGUGUCAAAGGCUCCUGUGCCAAUCCGAUAUUCCUACAUUAGUUCGAUAUGCUAGCACAGUCACGACUCCUGCUCCCUCAAUUGAGCAGAUGACCACUUCUCCCGUUCCAAUCGCCAGAUUCCCCCCCUCACAACCCCCAUCGCACCGCAGGCCCGAGUACCGACGCUCUCAACUUCUCCGCCAAUACACCUCUAUCAUUCGUACCACGCCUCUUAUGGUGUUCCUUCAACAUGACAACCUCAAAUCAGUGGAGUGGACGGCUAUCCGACGAGAACUUAGCAAGGCCAUGCAGAAGGUUGACGCGAAAAUUGCCGCGGAGGGCCGCUCCGCUCCAGCUUUGGCCCCCCAUAUCAAGGUCCAAAUCAUUCAGCCCGGCAUCUUCGACGUCGCGUUGCGUAUCGUGGAUUAUUUCCGACCUAGCCAGGAGACGCUGGAAAUGGGCAAGCCCCCCAGCGCAAACGACCCAGCUACACAGACCUCCGCGGAGAUCUCGCUCGCAGGCUCGAAGGACGACCCAACAUUGACGCACGAUCUCUCGCGCGCGGCUCAGGCUGCUGUGCGCCACAAGAAGGGGAAGCAUGAACUCUCCACCCUUCUUGCUGGGCCCAUUGCCGCCCUCACUAUCCCACACAUGUCCCCAGAGCACUUGAAGGCCGCCUUGACCGUUCUGGCGCCCAAGGCUUUCGGUUACCCUGCGCCCACCCGAAAAGCCAACCCUGACUGGCACGAGCUUUCUGUUCAGAACGGUCUGAACAAACUGAGCGUUCUCGCUGCGCGCUUGGACAACCAGUUGUUCGAUGUCGACCAGACGAAGUGGGUCGGAAGCAUCGAAGGUGGUAUGGAUGGUUUGCGGUCUCAACUCGUCAUGGCCUUGCAGAGCAUGGGAUCUAGCAUUACAAGCACUUUGGAGGGGGCUGGAAAGAGUCUGUACGUCACUCUUGAGAGCAGGAGGAGUGUGCUAGAAGAUGAGCAGAAGGGCACUAGUGGCGAGGCGAAGGGUGAGGAUAAGGCAGAGUAG